AUGGAUAGUGAUGACGAUCGUAUUCUCGGUUUAACAGUGCAGAACCCCGAUGAAUCACUACAGAACACAUCAAGUGCUGUUGCUGCUGCUACUAGUGGUGAGGGUGGUGGUAGUGUAGGUGCUGAUGGGGAAAGGAAAAAAGACGGAGAAGAAGAAGAGGAAGAAGAAUUCCUUGACUUGGGACCACCCACUGAUGAUGAUAAUGAUGAAAAAAAAGAUAAUGAUGAUGAUGAUGGAAGUGAUGGUGAGGCGGGCGAGAGCAGUCAUGCAAACGAUAAUGGUAGUAAUGCCUCUAAUGAUGAUGGAAGUGAUGUAGGGAGUGAAAAUGAUGCACCACUCUCUGAUGAAGCAUUAGUGCGCAUUGAGAGUAAGAGUGAAGCGAAGGCGCUUGGAAAAGAACUUUAUAGACGCUGGAAGAAACUACAGAAACGCAGUAAGAAAGAAAAGCAUCGACAUGAUAGCAAGAAGAAGAGCAAGAAAGAUGAUAAGAAGCAUAAAGAAAAAAAGAAUGAAAAGAGAAAACGCAGAAGGGCAGAUGAUGAUGAUGAUGAUGAUGAUGAUGAUGAUAACGAUUUCAUGGAUGAGAUGGAUGAGGAAAAGGAAGGAAAGCGAACAAGCCGUAAUGCGAAAAAGCAACGAAAGAGUUCUCGUCAUGAAAAGCCAAUUGCUCUGGGUGAUGAAGACCUAGGAUCUGCACCUUUUGCAAAUCUUGAUGAAGUACUAUUGACAGAAGAGGCUGCGGCAAGACGCAGUGGUGGGCGAAGCGGAAAAGGCAGCAGCAGCAGUAAUAAUAUUAACAAUAAUAAUCAUAACAUAGUCUCAGAAUCAAAACCAAAGAAACUUUCAGCAGAUGCUCAGCGUGGUGUACUCCGUUCAAUGGCAGCUGCUGUUGUAAAUGCUAUGCGAGAGGCACGAUUACAGGAUGAAGUAGAUAUGAAUCAACAUCGACCACCACUUCAUCGUGUAAGUAUAUUGGAUAAAGUUGUGACCCAAUGCCGCCGUGAGGCUUUACGACCAUUUCUUAUUGAGGAAGGUAUCCUACAAGAGCUUAGCACUUGGCUCUAUGAUUUUAAUCGUCGUGAACUUGCUGCAUUUGAAUUACGCUCCGCUGCGCUGGAUAUCCUUUUAGGAUUCCCUAUAGAAGGAGAAUUAAAUGUUGGUAUGGCCCGUAAUGGAGAUGAAAUAUUGGAUGCCUUUACUGGAAUGUCCCGCGAACACCUUAUCCACACAGACCUUGGUAGUGCUGUAAACGCAUUACGACAAGAUAAACAUGAGGUUCAUCAAAACCGUUCAAAAGCCGUACGACUUCUUGAGCGUCUCAGUCGAGCCAUGUCUGGUGGUGUGAAAUCUUCACAUCGGAGUGGCGAUGGAUCGGGGAAUUCUUCCUUCGCGGGUGGAAGUGGGGCCUCUAGCAGUAAUGUGACGUGGAAGUGUCAAGAUGAUCCCACAGUGGCACCGCCAUUUCAUAUGGUUCAGACGGGAACAGAGGCUUUUCAAACAGCACUUGUGCGGCCAGAUCCACUGGAUCCACUCUCUUAUCUUCGCGUGCCACCACGUCGAGCCCCAAAGGCAUAUGUGACCAAUCUCGGUGGCAAUGUUGGUGUUGGAGAGUAG